AGUAAAGUGAUAUCAUCUUCAUUCGGCUUUGUUCUUUUGAUAUUUUUGCAUCAAACUCAGACAGUUUUGGUGUAUAAUACAACAAAAACUUAAAUAUGUUUUCCUGUGUGAAAGGGGCUGAUAUGUCAUCACAAGUUGUUUCACCUUAGCUGUGCCCUUUUAAGUUUCCGUGUAACCGUGAGCACAAAUGCAAAAGAUCCUCCCCAUCUGAGUUAUCAAUAGGCUGUAUUAUCACUCAUCUUCCCUCAUCAUUUUCCGCACCUUCUCCCUCCCUCCUUUUCUGUCCAUCUCCUCCCUCUGCGCCUUUUUACGCACAAAACAAGUCAGAGCGCACACACGGCUGCCGGAGAAAACAGGAGAGACAAUAGGCAGUACUUCGGGUCAUCAUGGUAUUUGGAUUUUUACCGUAGGCAACAUGCUCGGCGCUUUGUGAGGUACAGGUGGAUAAUCUGCGAUCGCGUCUGUUCAUUUACUAGUCUAAAGUUUCCCCAGGUUUUAAUGUUGCCAACCGAGAUUUCAGGAGGAGUGUGUUUCACCUCAAGCGAUCACACUGAGGGGAGGAGAGAAGGGAUGAAAACAGAGGAGAGCCAGCAGUCCUGUCUGCAGCAGCCUCCAUCCUCCACGCCUUUCGGUCCAGAGUACAGAGGAGGAGAGGUGUGUGCGGGCUGCGAGUCUCCCAUCGCCGACCGCUUCCUGCUGCGCGUGAAUGAGCGUUCCUGGCACGAGACCUGUGUCAAGUGCGCCGUGUGUUUAAGCGCGCUCACUGGGACUUGUUACAGCCGGGACCGCCUGCUGUACUGCAAGCACGACUAUGAAAAGCUUUUUGUAAGAAAGUGCAGUGCCUGCUUGCAAGUCAUUGGACGUUCUGAGCUGAUAAUGCGUGUGCUAGGCCAGGUAUACCACCUGGGCUGCUUCAGCUGCUGUGAGUGUGAACGUCGGCUGCAGAGAGGUGAUGAGUUUGUGCUGAAAGAAGGCCAGCUGCUCUGCCGCAUGGACUAUGAAAAGGAGAGGGAAAUGCUGGCUGCCAUCAGCCCUACACCAACUGAAUCAGUAAAAAGUGAGGAUGAGGAUGGUGGAGGAGGCUCCGGAGGAGGGAAAGGUGGUGAUGAAGGCAAGGAGCACAAGCGUUCAAAACGUCCACGCACUAUCUUGACCACACAGCAGCGGCGUGCUUUCAAGGCCUCCUUUGAAGUGUCAGCCAAACCAUGCCGUAAGGUGAGAGAGACACUGGCUGCAGAGACUGGGCUGACAGUGCGUGUUGUUCAGGUGUGGUUUCAAAACCAGAGAGCCAAGAUGAAAAAGUUAGCUCGCCGACAGCAACAGCAGCAGCAGCAGCAGCAGGAACAAGAGCAGCUGGGAGGCACCAGGAGGGGACCGAGCAGAGGGGGCCGCCAAAGCAAUGACGACAGCGAGGUUUUGGGCAUUUUGAAUCUUUAUAUAGAUGGAUCUAGUACCCAUGGCAUGGAUGGGAUGCUGGGAUAUCCAUCUCUGCCACGUCAGCAGCUCCUUGCUCUGGACCCCAACAUUUAUGGUGGAGAGCCAUUUCGACAUGGGCUUACACCACCUCAACUGAAUAGCGAGCAGCUCCACUCCUAUGACUCAGAAACAGUGUUCCAUGACCUGGACAGCGAUGGAAGCCUUGGUCACCUUGGCGACUGCCUCUUAGCAACAGGGGAGGGCGGUCUCCUGGCAGGGCGAGUGGGAAAUCCCAUCGACCGUCUGUACUCCAUGCAGAACUCUUAUUUCACCUCCUGA